GUAGUGUUUUUGGUACCGAAGCAUUUUCAAACUUCGUAUACUUGUAUAUAUUUUGUGUUAUAGAACAGAUAAAAAAAUUUGUAUUCGCAGUUAUUUAACGUAAAAGAAAUUGUCGUAUUUCGAUAUAUAUAUAUAUAUAUAUAUAUAUAUAUAUACUAUGAGGAAGACAGAUAGAGACAGAGAGGCCGGAAUAAAUGUCAAGGUGCUACAUUAGAGGCUCUACACCGGCCAUACAUAAAAAAAAGUCUUUCAUUGUAAAAACUAAGAGAAUUCCAACUUCAAAACGAAGAAGAAGCGGAAGAAGGCCUUCCCUCGAAACAGAGUUGUUGUGGUGUUUAUAGAAGAUGAAGUUGUUUAUGUCGAUAUUCUUAUCCACAAAUAAACCCAGAAUGACUGAAAUCUCAGAAGACGACGAAGAAGAAGAAAUUUAACAUCGAACCCGUUAGUCUGUCUCUAAUAUAUUUAUCUCUCCCUCUCUCUUGCUCUCUCGCUAUAUAUAUCUAUAUCUAUCUAUCUAUAUAUAUAUAUAUAUAUAUAUACAUUCGUAUAACUAUUCUGUAUGACAUAUCUUUGAUGUGGAGGAGAAGAGGAAAAAAAAGGGAUUAUGUGAUAAAGGCCACAGUGUGAAGAGGCCAAGUUUUUAGACUUGAAGAUUAAAUUAUCAACAACGACAAAGUCUGAUGACCCCCCUCAUGUCUAAGUAGAACAAACAGACAAAAUAACAACGCAACAAUUAAAAAAAUAUAUAUUUUUUAAUCUUCAAUAACAGCAACAAAAAUUAUAUAUUUGCUCCGUUUUUCAAUUGUUUUUAAAACUACACACUUUAUUGUGUCUAUGUAUGCAUGUAUAUAUGAAUGUGUGUGUAUAUAUAUAUAUAUAUAUAUAUAUGUAUAUAUAAAUGUAUAGAAGGUAUUUUAACUGUGUGAGAGUCUAACAGAGGAGAACAAAUAUUUUAUAAACAAACACCUUGCACAUCAGAAAAGAAAGGGUUAGAAGAAAUAUAAUAAACAAUUUAUCGCGUGUGCCAAAUAUUGUGAGAGAUUUCUUCAAAAUGUCUCUCGAUUCGCGAGAGAUGCAGUAUCCUAAAGUUGCUAAUGAAAGCAAUUCUUCGUCUCCGGUGGAAACCUCACCAACAGCAUUACCAUCGAAACAAACAGACUAUGACAGAAACCCGAAUCUCGUGUCUUCUUCUUCUUCUUCUUCUUCUCCUACUGUUGCUGCUGCUGCUGCUAACGACGACCCUUCAUCUAUAAUGUUUACAAACAGCAACAGCAGAAACAAACCUCGUACUCCAUCGACUGGCAGUGUCCAAUUUCGAAAUGACAACGGUAGAUGUUUAUUGAACGAGAGCCAUCAGUACCACCAUCCAUCGCAACAAAACAAUCAGUACGUUCAUCUAUUGGAUGAAAGUGAUGCUGUUCUUCAGGCGGUCGUCUUUGUCGAAGAUGCCAACACCUACCGUUCCAUACAUCAUAAAGUUGACACGGCAUCUUUGAAGCUUUACCGAUUCCACUACUCACGCUUCCUCACCUGUGUCAGGUACGUUACCAUCAUUAUACUUCAUAUGCUUGCGUUUUUCGAAUACCCUUCUUCGUUGAGUUGGAGCUCCAGUAUCAAGCAGCAAGAUCCUAGGAUUGAACUGUCGUGCUUGAACACACAGUCAGUUGAGAUGAUGUGUCUGCUGCUCCUGGCCGCUGAUCUUUCCACUAAAAUCUAUGUUAUUGGUUUGAAACAAUUCUUAGCAUCGAAAUGGAUGAUAGCAGAUGUGUUUGUAUUGCUUGUCUCAUUUAUCGACUGGUCUGUGUCUGUGAGUGUUGGUUGCACUGAAGUCGUUCGAGUCCGCAGAAUGCUCCGACCAUUCUUUAUACUGCAACAUUCGUCCCUCAUGAAGAAAAUUGUCAACUGUUUGCGGAGAACCGUUCCAGAGGUAUUCAGUAUUCUUCUUAUGCUUGCUUUCCACCUCUACGUCUUUAGUCUGCUGGGCAUGUUGAUAUUUCCUCAGCCUGUCGAGUGGAGGAACAUCACAAAACACAAUGUCACAAACAACACAAUUUUACCAAAUACCAAAGAAGAAAAGAAAUACUUCAAGAACCUCAGUGAAUCUUUUAUGAGUAUGUUAAUUCUACUGACCACUGCUAACAACCCUGACGUUAUGAUGCCAGCUUACAACCAAAACCGUUUGUACGGUAUUUACUUUGUCCUUUUCCUUGCCAUUGGUCUUUACUGUUUUAUGAACAUGCUAACAGCUGUCAUAUACAACCAGUUCCGUGGAUAUUUUCUCAAUUCUAUGCAAUCAAGUCUUUUCCGGCGCCGAGUUGCAAUUUUUGCUGCAUUUAGUGUUUUGAAUCACCAAAGCGUGAUCAGUGAGAGUUCUACGGUGGAGGUGAGUGUCAUCCAAAGAGUGAUAGAAAUGGCAGAUCUGUCUAAAACUUUCAAGUCCAAAAUGCAUCAGAAAAUCUGUGUCUAUUCCGAAUCCUUUUUGAACUUUGCUCAGUUUAAAGAUAUUUUCUCAGUCAUUGACCGUACCUUUGUGGUUGUAAAAACUCCACCCCCUAUUGUGUGGGUUAAUAACACUGCCCUUCAGAUGCUCCAAAGAAUGGCCAACCACAUUUAUUUCUUAUAUUUUAGUAUGCUUAUAGCUUGUUUAAAUGUAAUCUUAUUGACUGUCCAACUGAAUGUUCAAUAUGAAAAAUCUAUGGCAUCGACCCAUACAUUAUUAAUGGCUGGAAACUUUGUCUUUCUCAUCUACUACGUCACAGAACAGUUCUUGAAAAUAUGGGCAGCUGGUAUCAGACGGUAUUUCUCCUUUAAAGGCUGUGUAUAUGAUUGUGGAAUUACGUUAAUUCUGGUCGUAGUACAGAUGGUCGCAGUUGUUUUGUAUGGUUUACCAUUUUCCAGUGAAGACUCUUACAUUGAAGGAGUGACGUCUUUGCGGAACUUAAUCCGUCUUACCAAUAUUCUUAUUAUAAUACGUUUAAUCCGUAUUAUCCCAUUGAUAAAAACACUGGCAUUGGUAGCUAGCACAUUGCUGGAUCUUGUACAGAAUCUGAAAGCCUUUGCAGGAAUUCUUGUUGUCAUUUUUUACAGCUAUGCCCUACUCGGAAUGGAACUAUUUCAGGGUGCCAUCACUUACAACCCAGUAAACAAUUCCGAAUCCACCCUCCUUUCUCCACAGUCCCAACUGAAUGCUACUUCGAAACACCAUUCUAAAUGUGGCUCAUAUCAACAAUUAGAGUAUUGGGCCAAUAAUUUCGAUGACUUUGCUUCGUCCAUAAUAGUCCUCUGGGACAUUAUGGUUGUUAAUAACUGGCAGGUAUUCCUUUCAGCCUACGCAUCGGUAACCUCAAAAUUUUCCUAUCUUUAUUUCAUAUUUUGGUGGUUGUUUUCCGUUGUCAUCGUGCUCAAUUUGUUGACAGCACUGAUUUUGGAGAACUUCAUCAUGAAGUGGGACAGACUUGGCCUCGGCAUCAGAGAUCGAACAGAAUCAAUGGAAGAAACAACGGAAUUACUCUCUUUACAUGCAAUGUUUCGACGUUCACUUGAGGAACCCAGUGAACAAGAUCUGCUUAUGGAACUUCGUAGCCAUUCCUAUAUCAGUUUAAAUUAACUUUUACCUUUUUCAAACUACUCAUAUGCCUUUUAUUGUCAUUAUUAUUGUCGUUGUUGUUGUUUUUGUUAUUAUUAUUAUUAUUAUCAUUAUUGUUAUUAUUAUUAUUAUUAUUAUUAUUAUCAUUAAGGUGGUGAGCUGGCAGAAUCAUUAGCAGACAAAACACAUAGUGGAAUUUCGUCUGUCUUUGCAUUUUUGACUUUAAAUUCUGCCAACUCAACCUUUCAUCCUUUCGGGGUCGAUAAAAAUAAGUACCAGUUAAGCAGUAGGGUCAACAUUACCGACUAACACAUUCCCCCGACUAAAAUUUCAGGCCCUGUGCUGAUAACAGUGUUUCUCAACCUUUUUACCGUUGCAUAACCCUUAAAAUAAAUUACAUGUCUCAAAGAACCCCUGCCCCUCCCCAAAAAUUAUACACCAUAUCUUUCUCAUAUUUUUUUCAUUGUACCAGUUGUUGGGUGUCCCACCUGUGAGGGAUCGAUGCUAGAUGUGAUUAAUAAUAAAUUCUCAUAUAUUCCAUCUUCCGUCUUUCAUUUGCCAUGUAUAUAUAUAUAUAUAUAUAUAUAUAUA